ACACAAAGGGAUGUUAACCCAGUUAUCACAGAGAAGAUCAGUUCCUGCAGUUGAUCAGUGCCAGAACGUCUGCAGAGUCAUUCCCUGGAAAAUGAAAGUUGUGCUGUUGAGCUCCUUGUUAGGUCUACUUUGGGAGCCUGGGAUGGGAACUAUGGAUCUUGAUAAAAUAUACAACAUUUAUGACUCAACUAUGACUUUUGAUAUUAACAAGUUUUCAGGUCAGUGGUAUUUAGUGGGAAGAGCUCUAGACUCGGUUCCCGAAAUGUUAGGUGUUGUAGAUACUAUUUCUGUGACCUCAGAGUCUGGAAGCUUGCAGUUCGACUAUCACUACUACAGGAAUGGAAAAUGCAUCACAUUGCAGAGCGUGGCAAAGAAAAUAAGUUAUUGGAGAUAUGAAUUUUCAGAGGACUCAAGUAUGUUCAUGCUUCAAGCCGAUUAUUUGGAUUAUGCUAUACUGCUCUUACGACUUAAGUAUGAAGUCACAGCUCUGCACAUGAUGGUUUACCUCAGUAGAGACAUGAAAGCAUCUGAAGAAGGCUUGAAAGCCUUCAGCUAUUUUGUUAAUUAUCCAGCAACACGACAAGAACACGUGGUCACUCUUCUGGGUUCGUGUGAAACAAAAAAAGUGUAUCGGUAUGAGCCAGCCUGGGGAGAAGCCCAUACUGCAUAAAGACUAUGGAGGCUGUGGAUACUCCAAGCGACAACCACGGAGGUUCAAAAAUAACAGUUUUGCCACGAUUUUUCCUUUUCUUUCAGUGACUCUGUAGGGCUGAGGUCAGAAUCAGCCUCCUCCAGCACUUUCUCUGGGAUUUGGCUAGCACUUGGCAAAGGCUUGUCCAAUUCCUUCCCCAUUCCACUCAGAGCGGACCCUAAAGGAACUUGGGUCCCAUUGUCAUGGUGACACACUCUUCUGUAUCGUCAGAAUCAAUCGUUUGGUCUAGUUCUGUUCAUUCCCAUCAUCCAGUGGGCUGUGUGUCUGCCCAACCCUAAAUAAUCCCGUCCCUUUAUCCCUCCUCUCUUCCAGGAAGAGCAGAAUCUCCUAUCAUCACUGAAAGAAGCAGAGAUUCCCCAGUCUCCAUCUACCUUUCCUGUUCCUUCCCCCUACACAACUCACUCCACUGUUCGGGAUUCUCCCUAGUUUAGAGAUGGGAUUCCUCUUUUCAAAGCUGAAUAAAUUGAUUCUCAAAUUUCCCCAA